AGGGAAGUUCAUGGACCCCGUCAAGCUUCAGGGGCUACUGGGCCUCCACUCCCACCAGCUAGAGGAGUCGACCAACCUGAAGGUACUGCUGGAGUCAUCAGGGGUCGUGGGGCGCCGCCUGGAGGAGAUACACAGUCCUGACCUCCGCCUCGACCUCCAGAACGGUGACGACGGCGACCCCUCCUCCGCCGCCUCCCUCGCCUCCACAGCGCUCCCUCUACAGGUUGUGGAUACAAACGCCACCUCGCUGGUCACCCCACGACUCACCCGCGCCCACGCCUGUCACGCCCACGAGCCGGAGACGUGCACGCCCACCUCCUGCCUCAACGGUGGCCGGUGUGUGAGAUCCUCUGAUGGCAACAGGUGUAUAUGCCCCGGGGGCUCUAAGGGCUGGCAGUGUAAGGUCCUGGCCCGCACCUUCACUGGCUCGGGGUGGGCCUGGGUCCGCCCCCUACCCCCGUGCCUCCCCACCACCAUCUCCCUCCGCCUCCUCACGCGACACCCCAACGCUCUUAUCCUCUACUCGGGUCCUCUCGCCCCUCAACAACGCCCCGCCGUCUCCCCUCCUAUGCCCACGCCCAUGCUUGCCCUGCAGUUGAAAUUUGGCCGCCCACAGCUUCUAUUCGAGGGCGGUCUCGUCCCCUUGAAGCUGGAGGUCAACACGACGGUACAUGAUGGUGACUGGCACACUCUCCACGUUCACCUCGACGCCCAGGGUGUGGCACUCAUGGUAGACCUGUGUGGGCGCGGGUGGGAGAAACACCACUCCCACGAUGACGCCCAUUGCUUAGCGCGGGCGGCGUGGACCAUCCCAUGGGGGUUAGAAGGUUGGCUAGGAUCUGGACCGCUACAAGUGGGUGGGUUAGCCCAUACGCCGCCCACCGCCCACGACCACGAAUGGGAAGAAGCACCCACAGCCCGCCCACUCCACGGCUGCAUCUCACACCUCACUCUCAAUGGUCAGCUGGUGGACCUGGGUGAGCCGGCCUACAGCAGGGAGAGCAGCCCGGGGUGUCUGCCGCAGGAGUCAGCUUGUCCGGGUGGCCUUGGUGGGUGCAGCGUCCGUGGAGAGUGUGUAGGCGGCCUCAGACGUCCCGAGUGUGAGUGUGAACCCGGCUGGACGGGGAGUGGGUGCAACACGCCCACAGUACCCGCUGCUCUGGGUAAGGCGUCGUACAUGAAGGUGGCGCUGUCGUUCACGCCAGCUCCCAGGGUGUUGAGAGUACAGGUGAGGCUAAGGACAAGAGGGGCACGACACGGUCUCUUGUUACACCUGGCGGCUCAUCACCACUCGGCUGCCUUCACUCUACACCUACGAUCAAGCGUGGCCUGUGCCUCGCUGACGGGGUCGGAAUGGGCGGCGCGGGUGGCGUGUGUAGAGGGGCGGCCACUAGGCGACGGGUCCUGGCACACUGUCAGGGCGGAACGACAUGGAGACAACUUGGUCGUUUCUGUGGAUGAUGGUGACGGCUGGAGACGAAACGAAUCCUUGGCGUCCUUCCUGGUGGUGCGGGAGAGGCGUGGGCAUGGGAGAGAGGCACCCACGCCCCUCAACGUGGACAAACACGACGGCGUCACAGUAGGCGGACUGCCGGAGUUCGUCGGUGUCAGACUGGUGGGGGUGCGGGAUGACCUGACUGAUGCGUGUGUGGAUGACCUGCGGGUUUCGGGUCGCCAUCUGCCGCUGCCACCUGCCAUCAACGGCACCAGCUGGGGCCAGGUAACCACCUUACAGCACCUGGAGCGAGGCUGUGACGCCCCUGAUGCCUGCGUCAACAUCACCUGUACCCCACCCCUCUCCUGCAACACCACCUGGGGCCAACCCACCUGUAGCUGUGGACCGGGCCGCCAGCUGGUGGACCGCAACUGUGAGGAUGUGGACGAGUGUGUGUGGCGCCCUUGUCUCCAUGGCGGCACCUGUCACAACCUGCGGCCAGGGUAUAUGUGUAUGUGUGGCCCGGGCCAUACAGGCGACCACUGCCAAUGGGCCACACUCACCAACACCACCAACUCUCUCACAGCGCCCGUGGCCAUCGCUGCUCUCACCGUCUCUCUCCUCGUCCUUUUAGUGGUGGGUCUCGUCGUGUCCAUACGUCUACACCGCCACAGGACCAACUUAGGACUGAGAGAACGACCUGCUGACGACGACACAGGCAAGAACACGGUGGUGGAGGUACAGGGUGAUGAAGGAGGAGGAGGAGGGAAGGGAGAGAAGAAAAUAGGAGAGGACGAUACACACGAAUCAUUUCUUGAAUGUUUAAAGUUCAAAUUACCCACAUCACAGCCUGCCUUAAAGAAGAAAGGAGAAAAGAGCCCCGGCAGCAACCAAGGGUCUCCGGUACCUGGGGGGAGUGACCCUACUGCCGGAGGAGAAGCUAGGGGAGCACCUGACCCUCUCCUGCCCCGGGAUGACCUCAGAGCCUACGCCUACGAGGGUGACGGAUCUUCCUCCGGUUCCUUCACCUCUACCAUAUCAGCAGACCUGAAGGUGGAUAUGGCUGAGGAAGACUCCACCAUCGUCCCUCUGGUGCCGGAGUUCCUGGAGGUAAUGGACCUCCUGAGGAACCUACCGGAGGCGGCCAACAAGACCACCUUCGGCCGCACCAAGAGCACCAGCAACCUGAAGAAGGGCUCCGGGUCACCUAGCUGUACCAAGGAGCCACUAGCGACGGCCUCUAGUAUAGUUAUGGUGAAGGGCGGAGGCUCCAGUAAGCAGCCCUCCACCGUCAGAACUAGAAUAUCUCACCUCUCCCCCAGCAGGUACAAGAGUGAAGGAACCUCUAAAACAGACGUCGUGUUAGGCAAGAGUGAAGGGGAGGUCUCCACUGUUUGCUGACACCCAGAGUAAACAAAGGAGAGUGUCAUCAACCUGUUGUACUGUAUCUCACAACCUUUUACCAGUAAGAUAAUCAAUAAGCGCCACUCAAACACAGCGUCUGGCGUUUCCUGUCUAUCAUGGAAAACUACGCCAGGCGAAUACACACACCCACACCUCCCUCACGUACUCUAUCAUCGUGACGAAUACAAAUAUACACAAAGUCUCCCGGAACAGCUGGACACUGACCAAUAAUACACAGGAGUAAAUUAAUGUGUAUCUUUAGUCUAACUUAACUCAGUCAUUCACAAAUAUAAGAAAAAUCAGACUAAACAUCACCAUCGAGUAACAAUAAUGUGUUUGUCUAUAACCCUCAACACCACCACAACAACACCACCACAACACCACCACAACACCACCACAACAACACCACAACAACACCACAAUAACCCUGACACAACAUCGCCCCACGUUCACCGAAGACUGGCAUCAUCAUAACAACAAUAACAGCACAAGUUAAUGUUGUUCUUGUUGCGAUGUUACCUGACCCGGUGUAGGGAGGCCGGCCAGUGUGUUGUUACCUGGCCCGAUGUAACGUGGCACCAACAGCUCACAGAAUAUAUGUAACCAGAGUAACAGGCAACAUGUGACCGCUCGACAUACAUACAUACAUACAUACAUACAUACAUACAUACAUACAUACAUACAUACAUACUGGUAAUUUUAGA